CUUCUUUGUGUAAAAGCUGUGGUAAAAGCUGAAAGAAAGCUACUUUUCCACUUUUUCUCAAACUUGAGUCAAAUGCCUUCACAUAGAGUUAAUAACUCUAUGUGCCUUCACGAACAACUUUUAUAGGAAAGUGGUUAAAUCCGUUGUUUCGUCUUUGUUUGCGCGUGAACUUUACCGCGAUACCGAAUGUACACCUCAGCUGGAAUGAAAAACGGAGCGCAACUGGAGAAGAAGCGCCAAUGAAUUUAGCACAAAUUAAUUAAUAAAGUAAUCGAUUUAUCGAUUGUGGUGUUGGGACAUUAGUACAUUACUAUUGUUAUGACAUAACAUAUGAUUUUGACAGGCAGUCCGUCUCCGGCACUUCCACUGCCAUUCCAUCCAUCUAUUUUUCUCGUAUUGGUGUAUUGGUGAUAGGAUCACGAUAGGAUUGCAGCCGUUCUGUUUGUAAUUAUAUUUACAUCUUAACGAAAACAUGAGUGUUAAAAGACCAGUGUCUUGGUUUUUGACCGAAUCGGGGCGCAAGUUUACUUUUGCUUUGGUUACCGGUACUGGCUUUGCGUUUACAGCAGCGAAGUUCACUCCUCAUACGUUGCUUCUUGAUAAAUACAAAGAAUUCGUUCACUAUUAUCAGAAUAGUCAGCCAGUAAAUCUGUCCGAAGAACUUGAAGAUCGUUGCAAGAGUUGUUUGGAUAUACUUAAGGUGCCUGAAGUACACAGAAAACUCAUAACACCUUUUAGUGUUUUUGGUUAUGACUUGUUUCAUGCAGGUAGUACAAAUUCAAAAUAUGGAGUUGCUAUCGGUAUCCCAGUCAACUUUAGUUAUAAAUCAUUUGAAGAUAUUGAAAAGGAUAGCAUUCAGGUCAAUCUAAAAAAUGUAGACUGGACUACAGAAGCUGGUAAAAAGUUAGCAGAUGCACUGAUAUUGCCAGAAAAAGUACAGCAGUUUGCAAUUUGUAGAGAGAUUAUGAUGACUCAGAACAACAAGUUUUUAUAUGAAUCUGCUUAUCCAUUUGCAUGUUUAUUUCUGGCAUAUAAUGUUUCUCAAUUCAUAAAUACGAAAUUAAAUUUAUACAUUGCUCCACUUUCUAUGAGGUUGACUUUGUAUUCAAUAGUAGGAUUAUUUAGUAUGGGCACUUAUUUUCUUAUGAAAGAUAUGACUGAAGUUCACUAUGAAACUUCAGUUGAUAAGAAAUUGUGUGAGUUAGGACCUGAAUUUGUAGAAAGUGGAGUAAUAUUCUAUGAAAAAAUGUUACAAAGAAAUCAAGCAUUAAGAGAAUUGAUGGGUAAAGAUGGUGAAGCUAAAUAUAGCAAGUUAGGUAAUGAGAAUUUCGCUAUAAGGCAACCUCGAAUUGCUCUUUCUCAUAGGAAACAGUAUUUUGUAGAGAAGUUAAAUGAAAUUAAAAAAGGGAAUGAAGAAAUUAAUGAAUAAUUUAAUUUAGAUUUUUUAAUUUCAAUCAUUGUAAGUAAACUAGGCGACA